AUGGACGAAGAUGUUAAUAUCUUGAUGCGGUUGAUUGAUCCCGAAAACUCCGAAUUCUUUAGAGAUAUCGGAUUCCAAGGAGCUUGGGCCUGUGACACCAGUUCUUCUGCCCAAAACUCAGCCGGCAUUCAGACCCUCCUCGACGCGGAGCGGGAAGCCCAAAAGAUAGUUCAGAAAGCGCGCGAAUACCGCACCAAGCGCGUCAAAGACGCCCGGUCCGAAGCGCAGAAGGAGAUCGAAGAAUACCGAAAGCAGAAAGAGGGCGAGUUCAAAGCGUUUGAGAAAGAACACACUAGCGGCAACAAGAAAAUGGAACAAGACGCCGCCGACGCUACCGAGGAGAAGCUGAAGCAGAUCCGCGCCAUCGGCGGGAAGAAAGGGGGGAAGGUCAUCGAGGACUUGCUGCGAGCCGUGGUGGAGGUGCAUCCGGCGCCGGCGACACAAUGAGCGGGUGGGGGGAGAAGAUGGACUUAUUAAUGGAUUCUUGCGACGGGGGUUUCGUGUUCGAAGGGCAGGUUGUGGCGGCUGAGAGGGUCGGUGAGCGGGGCGGUUGAUGUGCGAUGGACGUGGCGGUUGAGAACGCUAUGAGAUGUUACGGUUGCCUGUUGUAUGUCCGGUCCGGUCUGGUUGGCGACACACUGUACGUGGUGAGGAAGUUCUCUGGACGCUUUGAAGGCUGUUAUUAUCACGAUAGAUCAUAUGAACCGAAACGAACCACCCCAUGUGCAUACGUAAGAAUCCCAUUUUGCUACUGCUCCGCUAUCCAUCUGCCAGGAAGGAUCCAUCAUAAAUGAAUCUUUGGUUGAGCUUCUCUCCC